AAAGCUGGCAAUUUGAAAAUAAGAAAGAAAAGCGCGAAAAUUCAAGCAACAUGUCAACAAAAAGAACAACGACGGCAACAACAAUUGCAACAAAUGCGAAUUGUCGCCUGUUGCUGCUGGCCGCGCUGCUGGCUGCGCUGCUGGCGGCGACGCAUGCGCAGCAAUGCGCCUGGGAAUUUGUGCGCACCACAAUGGACAUCAAGUGCAACGUGCGCGCCUUGGACCAGGGACUCGGCCUGGAUCUGCAGGUGGCAGAGACGGCGAAUCGCUUUGAGUUGCAAUGCAGCGAGGAUUUGUUGCACGCCAGCGAGCUGCAACACGGCCUCUUUCGCAAGCUGCAAAAACUGGCCGAGCUGCGCGUGGAUGCCUGCAAAUUGCAGCGUGUGCCCGCGCUGGCCUUCGAGGGUCUCCACUCGCUGAAGCGCUUGCAACUCGAGACGCACAACUCCGUUUGGGGCGCGGGCAAAACGCUCGAGUUGCACGCGCAGGCGUUUCAGGGUCUGCGCGAGUUGCGCGAACUGCACUUGGGUGACAACAAUUUGCGCCAGCUGCCGGAGGGUGUGUGGUGCAGCAUGCCCGGCCUGCAACUGCUCAAUCUCACCCAGAAUCGCGUACGCGGCGCCGAACAUUUGGGCUUCUCGGAGAAAUUGUGCCUGAGUGGCAGCGCUGGGCCAGCGCUCAAUCAGCUGAGUGGCGGCUCCGAGCUGCAAGUGCUCGACUUGUCGCACAAUGAGCUGCGUUCGCUGCCCGACGCUUGGGGCGCCUCCCGGCUGCGUCGCCUGCAAACAUUGAGUCUGCAGCACAACAAUAUCACGACGCUCUCGCCAAAUUCCCUGGCGGGUUUGAGCUCGUUGCGAGUGUUGAACUUGUCGCACAAUCAUCUGGAGUCGCUGCCAUCGGAGGCAUUUGCCGGCAACAAGGAGUUGCGCGAGUUGCAUCUGCAUCACAACGAUCUGUACGAUCUGCCCAAGGGUCUGUUGCAUCGGCUCGAACAGUUGCUCGUCCUCGAUUUGAGUGGCAAUCAGCUGACCAGUCAUCAUGUGGACAACAACACCUUUGCCGGCCUGAUUCGCCUGAUUGUCUUGAAUCUCUCGAAUAAUGCCUUGACUCGCAUUGGUGCCAAGACCUUCAAGGAGCUGUACUUUCUUCAGAUCUUGGAUAUGCGCAACAAUUCCAUUGGCCAUAUUGAGGAGGGCGCCUUUCUGCCGCUGUACAACUUGCAUACAUUGAAUCUGGCUGAGAAUCGUCUGCAUACCCUGGAUAAUCGCAUCUUCAAUGGGUUGUAUGUGCUCACAAAACUCACACUGAACAACAAUCUGAUUAGCAUUGUGGAAUCGCAAGCGUUCCGCAAUUGCUCGGAUCUCAAAGAACUCGACUUGAGCUCCAAUCAGCUGAUGGAGGUUCCGGAGGCGGUGCAGGAUUUGAGCAUGCUCAAAACUCUCGACUUGGGCGAGAAUCAAAUAUCCGAUUUCAAAAAUGGCACCUUCAACAAUCUGAAUCAGUUGACCGGAUUGCGUCUGAUCGAUAACCGGAUUGGAAAUAUCACCAUCAACAUGUUCCAGCAGCUGCCACGUUUGAGUGUCCUCAAUCUGGCCAAGAAUCGUAUACAGAACAUCGAGCGGGGCUCGUUCGAUAAGAAUACGGAAAUUGAGGCGAUCCGCUUGGAUAAGAAUUUCCUCACGGAUAUUAACGGGAUCUUUGCCACACUUGCCUCACUGCUCUGGCUAAAUCUGUCCGAAAAUCAUCUGGUUUGGUUCGACUAUGCGUUUAUACCCUCGAAUCUGAAGUGGUUGGACAUCCAUGGCAAUUACAUUGAGGCGCUGGGCAACUACUACAAGCUGCAGGAGGAGUUGAGAGUCAGCACGCUGGAUGCGAGUCACAAUCGGAUUACGGAAAUCUCGCCGAACUCGGUGCCCAAUUCGAUUGAGUUGCUGUUCAUCAACAACAACAUCAUCGGUCAGAUCCAACCGAAUAGUUUUGUGGACAAAACCCGCUUGGCACGCGUCGAUCUCUAUGCAAACGUGUUGUCCAAGAUCUCGUUGAACUCGCUGCGUGUGGCACCCGUGACACAGGACAAGUCGCAGCCCGAAUUCUAUCUCGGUGGCAAUCCGUUCGAGUGUGAUUGCUCCAUGGAGUGGCUGCAACGCAUCAAUAAUUUGACCACCCGGCAGCAUCCACGUGUUGUGGAUCUGGCGAACAUCGAGUGCCUCAUGCCACACAGCAGGCAGGCGCCACUGCGCCCCCUCUCCAGCCUGACUGCGGCAGACUUCCUCUGCAAAUACGAUUCGCAUUGCCCCUCAACGUGCCACUGUUGCGAGUACGGCAACUGCGACUGCGAGCUGAUCUGUCCGAACAACUGCAGCUGUUUCCACGAUGCCAACUGGUCGAGCAAUGUGGUCGAUUGUGGCAAACAGGAUAUGAUCAGCAUGCCACCGCGACUGCCGCAGGACAUCAAUGUGUUGUACUUGGAUGGCAACAAUUUGCCCGUGUUGCAGGCGACACAUUUGGCGGGGCAACGCAAUUUGCACACACUCUACUUGAAUGCCUCCAAUUUGAUGGCCUUGGCCAAUGACAGUCUGAGCCAGUUGGCCAAUCUUCGUGUGCUGCACUUGGAGCACAACAAGCUUACCUCCUUGGAUGCGGCCACAUUCCGUUCGUUGACCUUGCUGCGUGAGUUGCACUUGCAGGGCAACCAGCUGGCUUUGAUUGGCAACUCCACUUUUGAGCCACUGGUUUCGCUGCAGUUGCUCCGCUUGGAUAACAAUCGGCUGACAAUGUUGCCACUGCAACAGCUGGCCAAUCUGCAGUACAGGAAUAAUCUGCAAGGACUGACGCUGGGCAGGAACACGUGGAGUUGUCGCUGCCAACAGCUGCGGGAACUGGUGCAAUUUGUCACGGACAAUGCGCUGAUUGUGCGCGACUCGCAGGACAUCUACUGCGUGGAGGCGGGCAUCAAGCGGGAAUUGGAGCUGUUGUCUUCGAAGCUGCCCGGCAGCGAUUGCUCCGAGUUGCUCGAUGCGAGUGCCAGCAACAUUAGCUCUGCCCAAGAUCUGACCAACGGCUAUCGAUUGCCACUGCUCGCCGCCAUUUUGGUGUUGAUCUUCCUGGUGGUGGUGCUGAUCAUUGUCUUUGUCUUCCGGGAGAGCGUUCGCAUGUGGCUCUUUGCCCAUUACGGGGUGCGCGUCUGCGAGCCCCGCUUCGAGGAUGCCGGCAAACUGUACGACGCCAUCAUCCUGCACUCGGAGAAGGAUUACGAGUUUGUUUGCCGCAAUAUUGCCGCUGAACUGGAGCAUGGUCGGCCUCCCUUCCGGCUAUGCAUACAGCAGAGAGACUUGCCAUCGCAGGCCAGUCACCUGCAGUUGGUUGAGGGUGCACGUGCCUCGAGGAAGAUUAUACUGGUGUUGACGCGUCAUCUGCUGGCCACCGAGUGGCAGCGUGUCGAGUUCCGCAAUGCAUUCCACGAGGCGUUGCGCGGCUUGGCCCAAAAGCUGGUCAUCAUCGAGGAGACGAGUGUGUCCAGCGAGGCCGAGGAUGUUGCUGAACUUGCCCCAUACCUCAAAUCGGUGCCCUCGAAUCGUCUGCUGACCUGUGACCGUUACUUCUGGGAGAAGUUGCGCUAUGCCAUCCCCAUUGAGUUGUCGCCCAGGGGCAACAACUACACCUUGGAUCACCACGAGCGCUUCAAGCAGCCCGUUUCCCCUGGACUCAUCUUUCGCCAGGCCCCGCCCCCGCCCGCCUACUACUGCACCGAGGACAUGGAGGCCAAUUAUUCGUCGGCGACAACGGCCACGCCCUCGCCACGCCCCAUGCGCCCAGUGGUGGAGUCGAUGGCCAUGCGACCCCCAUCGGAGCACAUCUAUCACAGCAUCGAAUCCGAAUACAGCGCCUACGAUCAACAUGAGGCACUGUCAAUGAUGCAACAGCAGCAGCAGCAGCAGCAUCAUCAGCAACACCAACAGUUGCAGGCGCAUCAGCUGCAACAGUUGGCGCGACAGCAGCAACAGCAGCGGCUGCUCCAGCCCCAAUAUCGACCACAGCAGCCAGCAGCACAGUCGGCGCCGCAGUCGGCAGCAGCGCUAUCAGCAGCAGCGCAGUCAGCGUCAACCGCGGCGCCCAUACACCUGCGCAGCGGCAGCGGACUGAGCCAGGCGAGCACCAGCACGCAGUCAACGGCUCAGGCUUCCACUUCCGCUGCGGCAGCGCAGCAGCAGCAGCAGCAGCAGCAGCAACAGCAGCAGCAGCAGCUGGCAGCGGCAGAUGCAGCAGGCAGCAGCAGCAGCGCCAAUAAGAACCAAGCUUUUUUGGUUUAAGCGCUCUCUCGCUCUGUCGCUUGCUCGCUCUCUCUCUCUCACUCGCUCAACGGUUCCUGCGCAAGGGCGGCCAUCUUGAAGCUGCUCGCACGCUUGCGCGCCAGGCAACACACACACACACACACACCUAUAUAUACAUAUAUAUAUACAUUUAUAUAUAUAUGUAUAACAAAUAAAAGACUUUUUUUCGUAGGCAUUUCUUUUUCGCAUGCGCCUUCGGUGUUCAAGUGUUCAAGUGUCGUUGUUGUUGUUGUUGUUGUUUUGU